GGCAGUGCUUACAUCAGUGUACACAUCAAAACAUACUUUUUUUUUUCUUUUUUCUGCUGCCCUAGGAUUGGAGAGAGACCUGCUGUGCUUUACUUUCACUACUGUAUGUGAGCACGUCAGGGAUUGGUCCACUGCUCUGCCACUCACUCUCCUACUUCCUCUGUCCUCCUUUCCUGGUGCAGCCUGGGCAAGAGGGAGGGGGAUGGAUCUAUGCUGGUGUGUGAGUCGCCGGAGCUCCCUCAGCCGGCUCCUCACCACCUGUCCUUGACUUCAUGUGUACAGACAGACGUGGCUGAAGGGAAAGCUGUUCUGCUCACUGGUCCUCUGCCACCUCUGGGGUCGGUGUUUGUGCGAGUGCAUGUCUGUCUCUCAGUCAGUGUGUGGAGUCUGCCUCUCUCCUACUUGUGUGUGCGCUUCAUUUGGAGUGGCGAAGAGGGGAACGCUUGUCCUCAGUCGAUGGAGCUCUGAUGGGAGACAGUGCUGACUCUGGCUGGGACUGGGGAUGCUGAACAGGGGGAGGGAGGGCCUGUUUGAGCUGGGACAGCAGCUCCAGCAGCAGGGGGAGUACCAGGCCGCCCUCCACUGCUUCCUCAGCUGCUUGUUGGGACUGACCCAUGUGCAGAGCUUCACCUCUCUGCCUAACUGCCUACACCAGAUUGCAGAGCUCUUCAUCACAGAGAAGAACUAUGGAAAGGCUCUGCAGUUCAUUCAGGCUGAAAAAAUGUUCUACGAGGUGGCACUGAUCGAGCUGACGGCUCUGCAAGGGACCACAGGGCCUCAGGAAGAGGCUACGCUGGGCUCCGCAGGAUGGACCACCUCCGAGGAGCUCCUGGAGCAGGCGUCUCAGGCUCAGCAGCUGGAACGUCUGGCUCAGCUGUGCAUCAUGAGCAAACAGCCUCACCUUGCUCUGGAAUACAGUGGUAAGGCCACGAAGAUCCACCAGAGGGCUUUCGGUAAUGACCACCCAAUUACGUCCAGAAGCCUGGAGCUAAUGGCCACGGUCUACGCUGAGAUUGGCAAGACGGAGUAUUCAGACUCCCUGGGUCAGUGUGUGUCGGCGCUGUCCAAACGCUUUGCUGCGGCAGAGUCCAUCAGAGACACGGUCAACUGUCUUCCUCACUCGCACAGGGAGAAACACUCGGAGGUCCGUCACAGGAAGGACUCCCACCACCAACAGGAGGACACAGUGAAACUGAAGGUCAACAAUGGAAAAGUCCCCACCUCCAUUCUGAAGAGGCCGAGUCCUGACUACGGGACAGACAUGGAGCUGAACCACAGACGGAAAGGUGAACGGAGGGUUCGAUUCCGAGAGCCAGAGACCACAGUACAUGAAAUCCCACCCUGUGCCUGUUUAGGUGCCUAUGAGACCACACCGUCCCGCCCCCACCUCGCCCUCCUCACUUGCUUCUUCCUUCUUAUGUCAUUCCUGGGUGUGGCCAUGUACUGCACCGACCGGCGACGCCCACAGAGAGUGUGUGAAGAGCUGGAGGCUGCACUGGCAGUUUACCUGCUGCAUAUGAAACAGCUGCUGUGGGGCUGCUGGAUAUGGCUGACCAUGCAAUGACUGUGACUGACCACAGAUGGCGACAUUUUUUUUGUUUCCUAUCCAUGAAGGCGUCCGGACCUUCAGACACCUCAGCCAUUGGUUUGACAGGGCUUUAUAAACUGUAAAGGGAAACUGUAUAACCCCAGGAAUAUGUAGCUUUCAUGUCUUCAUGUAGAAACAUGUAAAUGUGCUGAGGCUGGAACAUCAGCUGGGACAUUUUUGCACAUUUACAAUGUCGUUGCUCACAAAUUCCACUAAACUAAUAACCGGAAAUGUGAUUUUUUUUUUUUUUUUUUUUUGAUUUUUUGAUUUCUUGUCACAGUCAGUGAAGCUGAAUUGACUUUUUUUCCACAGGUAAAACAUCUACAAACCUCACUUCCUGAGUCGUUGGUGCACUUUCAUAAAGCUGUUAUUAUGGUAUUGACCAGAACAAUGACGAAAGUCACGUUGCUAUUUAAAUCUAUUUGUUUUUAACAAACACAAUUUUCCCUUAAAUGUUAGAGGAACGCAGCAGGUUUACUACUGAAUCUUAUUUUAUCUAAGAUUUCUAAUCUUUCUGGAUUUGACAGACAGAUAUGGACCACAGCAGAAGUAGAGGUACACUCUUUAGUCCUCACACCACGCUUUUGUAACAUGUUAACACAAUUUCUCUAAAAUCUCAACACAAGAUUUUUAGUUGAUCCACAGUGUGUGUGACCAUGUGUUCUCUAAUGUCAAGAGCCUUAGGUUGAUGCUCAGAAGGUCAUUUAAAUGACCUCGCCCCGCAUAUUUUGCCAAUGUUCCAAUUUUUUCGCUGAGGCUACAGGCGUUAACUCUUAAACAGAACUCCAAAAAUGUUUUUAAAGUUUUUUUUUUUAUUUUAAAGUUUCAUUAAGCUCAUUGUUCUUUCUACUUUUUUUCUAAGUUUCUGAAAGUCAUUUUUUUGUUUUGUUUUAUGGAAACAUCAACGCAUGUGGAAAUGGAGUUUGUAUGUUGUCCUGUCAUGACACAAACUGAAUGUGUAUAUAUGGACUAACAAACUAAGGACUGUUAGUUUCACAUGUCUGAGACCAGAGAGUUCUGUUGUCGUUACUGAGGAUGUAUCAUGAUGGCCUGCGGUUGGUAUGCAAGAAAACACAGGGCUGCAUCACCUCACAGCUUCAACGACUUUAUACUGUCUUUCUGUGCGUGUUGGGGGGGGGUUACUGGGGAGGGUCACAGCUACGUCUAUAUCAAAUAUAUACUCAAACAGAAGGACUGCUAAUACUUUUGACCAGUCUUUUUUUUUGUGACUGCUUGGUUCGGAACUUUUUAAAUUUUUGUUACCCGUUUACUUUUCUAUUUAAGACCAAGAAUAUUCAGGUUCUGAUCAUGAUGUCAGCUGCUGUUUGAGCAUCAGCUGGUCAGGUCUGAUGUGCGGAUGUGAGCGUUUGCAAAAAAAAAAAAAAGAAGAAGCAGUUCUUACAUCAAGCUCACAAAUAUUGUAAGGCCGAGCAGAAACAUGAAAGAGACUGACUGAUACUAGUUUGAAACCCUUUAGGCUUUGAAGCCAUGAUCAUUCAAAAACGGUGGCACAGAUGCAUUGUGGGAGAUCAAAGGGCACAGUGUAGCUCCUUCCACUGGCCUCACAUGUAAAGCAAUAACACACAUCACAUACUGUAGCUUCUAAGAACCUCAAAAGAAAGUGUUGGAGUUCAGAGGUCACGUAUUUAAAUGUAACACGAGUCACUGUCACAUUGAGACUUCAGUCCACACAUUUUAUGGUCACUUUGAAAGAAGUGCCUUUUAUGGGAGGUUUUUUUUUCUUAGUUGCUGCUGUUUUAUGAUUUCAAUUGUUUUCAAUAAAACUGUCAUUGCCUAUCAAAGUCCA